UCGAGUAUCGGAAUGAAAAAAACCGGUACUCAGAAAAAUCGUACCGUACCGGGCAUCCCUAGGCUUAAGUCAACGAGUUCUUCUGACUUUUUGUUGCGUAACGUUUAAAAUUUGUCAAGAUAGUGGGAAUUAUUCACUUGAAACAUGGCUGCGGCGCCUAGUAGAGGACUUGUAGGUUUAUUUAAAAGAGGAUGGAAUGAAAUACCAGAAGUUGUUGGAAGCUGUAUUUUAGGAUUUGUUGGUAUUGGGAUAACCACUGGAGCAGUUUACUUAUAUUAUAAAAAAGAUGGAGAUAACAGGAGAUAUAAAACUGUCUAUACAGUAAUCAGGCAUGAUGAUCCAAAAGCAGCUAAAGUUCGAACAGACUAAGUAAACACCUUAUAUGUAGUACCGUUUAUCAAAUAAUUUUAUUUAAAUAAAUACAAUGUUCAUAAAG